AUGCCUCUCGUCGUCCCCGGUAUCAACUCUGCCCCUGACGCCAAGUCCGACUGGGCGAAUAAGCUCAUGGGCAAGAAACUGAGUGACUCGACUAGCGAUGUCAACACGUUUGCGAAGAAGGACCUGCCGGAGUCGCACCGAGUGCUAAAGCCGGGUGAUAUGAAGACGAUGGACCAUCAGCCGACGAGGUAUGUUCUCCCCUUUGGUACAGAGACCAUGUCUAAUAAUUAUAGACUCAAUAUCCAUGUCGAUGAGGAUGGGAAUGUUCACGACGUGAAUUAUGGUUGA